AUGGACAAAGGCGAAGAAAUUAUACAACCAACCCACGAUCUUGAAGAAAAUGAUAGUGUUAAUGACAACGUGGCUGAUGAAACAAGAAAUUCUUCUGAACUUGGAACUGAUGAUUCCGAGGGCAAAGACGAUAACAGUGGGGAGGAAACCACAACAGAAGAGGAAUCGAUUGAAGAAGAAGAACCAAAGUUAAAAUAUCAACGUCUUGAUGCUGACGUUAGCGAACUGUUGAAAAAAGACGCUGCGAGCACAAUAUCGGUUUCAGAUAGAUUUAUAGUUCUCGGAACGCACAACGGAGAUAUUUUAAUACUCGAUUUUGAUGGAAAUUUCAACAAACGAUUAACUUCGCAUACAGCAGCAGUAACUGAUAUUGCCAUUGAAGUAACUGAAGAAUUUGUCGCUAGUGCUUCUCAGGAUGGCAAAGUCAUCAUUCACGGUUUAUUCAAUGAUACGAAGCAAGUCUUCAAUUACCGUCGACCUCUUAAAUGUAUUUCUCUGGAUCCUGAUUUUCAUCGAAAAGAUACUCAACGAUUUGUUUGUGGUGGUAUGUCAGGUGUAUUAUACUUGAACGAGAAAGCGCUUGUGACUCCUGUAGGAUGGUUUGGUCACAAACAGGAUACAACACUUCAACAUUCCGGAGAAGGUGCAAUUAGUGCCGUAAGAUGGAAAGGAUCGCUAAUUGCCUAUGCUAAUGAUGAGGGUGUAAAAAUUUACAACAUAGAAUCACAACAAAGGAUUACAUAUAUUAAACGUCCGCCAAAUAGUCCUCGAGCUGAUUUGUAUCGUUGCAACCUUACAUGGCGUAAUGAAACUACAUUAUUGAUUGGUUGGGCAAAUUUUAUUCAGACUGCCUUUGUCAAGGAAUAUGCUAAACACGAAAUUCAACCAGGUCGACCGACUCAACAUGUUGAGGUUUCUAUGUUCCAGACCGAAUUUAUUGUUUGCGGUAUAGCACCAUUUAAUGACAUGAUCCUUGUUUUGGCAUACCUUACUGAAAUCAUGCAAGAUAUUGGGAUCGAUGAUUCAUCUCAAUACAAAAGAUCACGUGCAAAACGUCCAGAGUUACGCAUUAUAGAUGCUUAUAAUGAAGAAAUUUCGACUGAUGUAUUAACACUUCACAGCUUUCAAAAUUAUCAAGCGAAUGAUUAUUCGCUUGAUUACUUUCCUUCGGAAGACAUGUUUUACGUUGUCAGUCCUAAAGACCUUGUUCUUGCUAAACCUCGCGAUUUAGACGAUCAUAUAGGCUGGUUAUUAGAUCGUUCAAGAUAUGAAGAGGCGUUGUUGUCACUACAAGAGGCUCAAGCUUGGGGUGGAAGUAAGAAGUUUGAUUUAACAGAUCUUGGUGAGAGAUAUUUAGCUUAUUUGAUCGGAGAAGAGGAAUUUGCAAAUGCUGCGGAGAAUUGUAACAGGAUCCUCAAGAAUAACGCUAAUCUAUGGGAAAAAUGGGUCUUUACGUUUGCAAAUUUGAAGCACUUGCAUGAAAUUAGUCCCUAUAUACCGUAUACAGACCCAAAACUUAGUAGCACAGUUUACGAAAUGGUUUUGGCUCACUUCUUAAAUUAUGAUCACAAGACAAUAAUGAGUUGGCCAUCGGAUAUUUAUGAUAUACAAAGUGUUAUCGUCCUUGUUGAAGGUAUUUUUGAAAAAGAACAGGACAAUAAAAUUCUGAUGGAAUGCUUGGCCGAAUUAUACGCUUAUAAUCGCCAACCAGACAAAGCUCUUGAUUAUAAUCUCCGAUUGCUUAGGCCUAACGUCUUUGACUUAAUACGAGAAUAUAAUUUAUUUUCAGCAGUCCAAGACAAAGUUUUUCUGCUUAUGGAAUUCGAUCAACAUUUGUUUGAAGAGGCUAUGAAGGUACAAGAUGAAGAGAUCGCAAAAUUAAAUCAGGAUCCAAGUAAGACUUCUGUCAAGAUUAAACGAAAGAAGCGUACUGAGAUGCCAGCGGUGCAAUUGUUAAUAGAAAAUACUGAUGAUGUUAAGAUCGCUCACGUUGUACGUCAACUGGAGAACAAACGCAACUUUAUGCACAUAUAUUUGGAUGCUCUCUUUAUAAAAGAUCAUCAUGCGGGUUACGAAUUUCAUGACCUUCAAAUUGAAUUGUAUGCUGAAUUUGAUUAUCCUAGAUUGAAAGAUUUUUUGAAAUCUAGUAAUUAUUAUACCUUGGAAAAGAGAGACUUGGUUCCAGAAAUGGUAUUCAUACUUGGUCGCAUGGGCAAUAAUAAAGAGGCACUUAUGUUAAUUAUUGAAAGGUUACAUGACGUUCAGCAAGCAAUUGAUUUUGCAAAAGAACAAGAUGAUGACAUAUUAUGGGAAGAUUUAUUAAAAUAUUCACUAGAUAAACCGAGAUUCAUAAUCGGAUUGUUGGAAAACCUUGGAGGCACUAAUAUCGAUCCGAUAGGGUUGAUUAAGAGAAUCCCUAAUAGGCUGAAAAUUCCUGGUCUUAAAGAAGCUUUAAUUAAAGUUCUUCAAGAUUUCAAUUUACAGGCAUCCUUAAGGGAAGGAUGUCAGAAAAUCUUAGUGAGUGAUAGUGUAUCCAUGGCUGAUCAACUAAAUAAAGCGCAAAAGCGUGGCAUCAAAUGCGAAGAUGAUUUGACUUGUUCUAUAUGUUCUAUCCCUAUAAUUAAAGAAGCUAUCUCCUCCGAUUCUGUUUCAACUACAAUUGUAUUCUUUUGCAGUCAUGCUUUUCAUGAAGCAUGUCUUUUAAGUAACGAGACUUUACCUAAUCCACCCGACAGUAACAGUAGAAUGUUAGUUGGAUCAAAAGUUCGGCACAACAUUGUACUUAAUUCUCUGAAUAACCCACCGAAAUGUCCAAUUUGUAACGAUGCAGAACAUACUCAUGGAGAAAAACAAAAGGAAAAAACACCAUCUCGACAAAUUCGUGGAUUUGUUAGAGGGCAUGCUCAUCAUGGAUCAAGAGAUGAUGAUGGGAUGCCACCAAUGGUACCGCUAAGACUUUAA